GACGUGAUGCCCUUGUACCGUUAUGGGUUAAAAGUAGCGCAUUAAGCUAUUGUUUUCACUUUUUUUUUUUUUUUAAAACAGAUCAACCCUCUUAUAUUAAUCAUCCUUUUUCUUUCCUUACAAAUAAAAUCUUUUUCUUUUCUUAUUAAGAGUCAAUGAUAUGGAUGCAACACAAUUUGAUUUAGCUACUUAUCCAGUCAAAGAUACAAUAAAGAUAUUAACAGCACUUUUAGAAAAAAUUACCUUGACCAAUGACCAACAUCUAGAAGCCAAUUCGUUUCAAUCCUCUACUUAUACCUGUUUUCAUGCACGUUCUAUACCAAGCAUAUCUAUACACGCCUAUUUUACUAGAAUUUUGAAAUAUUGUCCUUGUGCCAAUGAAUGUUUAAUAGCUUUACUUGUUUAUUUCGAUCGCAUGACCUUACCUAACCCAGAUCUUCAUCUAAAACCUCUUCACAUUGACUCUUAUAAUGUACAUCGACUCAUUAUUACCGGCCUGAUGAUUUCAAGUAAACUGUACUCGGACGUCUUUUUUACAAACACUCGAUAUGCUAAAGUCGGUGGAUUGCCUGUGACUGAAUUGAACACAUUGGAAUUGGAGUUUUUAAAAUUAAACAGUUACAGCUUGUUUGUGACGAUAGAUGAAUUACAAAAAUAUGGUGAUAGUAUACUUCAUCACUGGAAUCACUCGCAAGAUACAGGACCUCUUAUAGUCAAGGAUAUCACCAACACAAAUGAUGAAAUCGCAAGACCCUUCAGUAGAUUGACAAUGCAAAACAAGUGUACGCCACCGGAUAAGCACUGGAGAUACAGUAGUAGUAAUGGCAGACAGAGUUUUGUAAAGACGAAUUCGGGAAAUGGUACGGCCGAUCCUGGUGACGCUUUACGUAGAAUAUAAACAUAUAUAUAUUUAUAUAUACCUUUAUUUUUUUUUAAUAAUUUUCUUUUUAUCAUGUGUACCCUUCUUUUUUUUUUUUUUUUUUCUGUAAAAUGUAUCUUAUGAAUUUAUCCACAUAAACAAAUAAACUCUGGUAGUUAAAAUCCCCCUCUU